GAAUGUUUGAUUCAGCCAAAGCUUUAGCCUUCAACAAUGUUCCAGAUCGUGAAGAGAUUAAGGGGGCUAUCUUCAAAACACUCAUGUCAAAUGGGAUGUUUGAUAAUGCUCACAUCAGACUCACUCUAACUCGUGGAAAAAAGGUCACAUCUGGGAUGAGUCCAACCUUUAACCUUUAUGGGUGCACAUUAAUUGUUCUUGCCGAGUGGAAACCACCAGUUUAUGACAACUCAAGUGGUAUAAAACUUGUGACUGCAACCACACGUCGGAAUUCACCCAAUUGUAUAGAUUCAAAGAUUCAUCAUAAUAAUCUCAUCAACAACAUACUAGCAAAGAUAGAAGGAAAUGUUGCCAAUGCAGGUGAUGCAAUUAUGUUGGACAAAGAUGGCUUUGUGUCUGAGACUAAUGCUACAAACAUUUUCUUGGUAAAGAAAGGGCAAGUAUCAACUCCUCAUGCUGAUUACUGUCUUCCAGGCAUAACACGGGCAACUGUGAUGGACCUUGUUAGAAAAGAGAAUAUUGUGCUACAUGAGAGACGUAUCAGUUUAUCCGAGUUUCAUGCUGCUGAUGAGGUGUGGACUACAGGAACAAUGGGAGAACUCACACCAGUUGUUAUGAUUGACGGUCGUGUUAUUGGAACCGGAGAAGUGGGCCCUAUCACUAAACAAAUACAGAAUGCCUACAAAGUUCUGACUACAGAAACAGGUGUUCCGAUACCAAAGCAUGUGGAAAAAUAACUAGAAAUAAUCAGGGUUUGGAUUUGGUUUGAUGAUUUCGACAGUUACAAAGCUAAUGAUGAAUGCAAGCUUUUAAGUGAGGCUUUUUGUACAGGGGAUGAAAUGUUAAUGUUUGAACUUAAAUUACAAAUAAAAACUGAAUGUUCUAUGUUGUGAGAGAUGUGAAAUUCUUGAUAACACUUGUGAUAUGAAAAUAAUGUGUAAUAAGAUUUCUCUGUUCAUCAAAA